GCAAUGUCACUUCCGACAGAGAUGGAGACCGCUCUGAGUCAGAUCAGGCCAGAGAAGCUCGAGCUCGGUCGUGCGCUCUUGCAAGAUAUUCGCCAGAUAGACGGAAGCAAGGCGCUCCCGGCCGGCUCUAUCGCUCCUGUCACGGUGCUCGGAGACAGUCUACAGGUCAAUGUUGAUCCAGAGGACGUGAGGAGGGUAGCCUCGGACAUCAGCGCCUUCAAAUCUCAUCUGCCCAAGAUGAAGUUUGCCUGGAUCGAGUCGAACAUCCAGCGACGCUACAUGAGCAAAGCAUUCAGCGACGAUGUGUCACAGCGCAAGACCAUCACGCAGGCCGUCAAUGACGCGUCAGAGCAAGCCUGCAUGGCCAAGAAGGCGGAGCUCAAGGCGACGAAGCGACGUGCAGAAGCAUUGGAGCGCGACUUCAGCGAGGCGGCCAUCUUGUUCCAGCGAGACUACGCCAUGCAGUCGGCAGCGGCAAAGGAGGCGCGCAUCAUGCUCACAGAAAUAGAAGAGAUGCGUUUCGAGCUUGCUCUCAUUCGAAGUUCGCGCAGUCAAGAGCAGCAGAUGACGACGGAAGAGGCAUUGCAAUUCACAGAGGAUCAGAUUGAGGAAAUGCAGAGGCUCGAAGAUCUGACCGCUCAGAAGCGCGUCAAGAUGGAGGAGCUGAAGCAGUCUGCCACCUUACGCAAGCGGACCCUCGAGCAAUCGGCGCAGCGCGUGCAGCAGGCCGAGCGACAGGCCGCCCAGGCACGCUCAAGCGCUGAGGAAGCAGAUCGACGCGUGGAGAACGCUUGUAAAUGGUUUGAGACAAUGACAGCACUGCUGAAGAACAUACUUGGAAUCGUCUCUUGCGAAGCGCUUGGUACACCGCCGCGCGAGCUUCGCGUGGUCUACAAUAUAGGCUCGCCGGCAGCGGGAAAGCUGGCAACAAUCAGCAUAAGCUUUGAGCGUCAGUCGUCUGGCUCGCCACACCUACUAGACGCAAAGCUACUGAAUUCUGCUGUCGAUGUUCAUGAUCUCGUCGCUGAUGCGAAGCGAGCGAACGAUACUGUCGGGCUGAUCCAUCUCAUACUCGCUCGACUCGGUUCUUAG